AUUUGCGUUCUGAUCUACCAAACACUUUAUAAAGUAUCUAUAAUUGCAAUACGCCGGUGUCAGAUCAACCAAGGCGAGGGAAACGGUCCAGCAUGCGUAUUCUAUAACGGCUGAUGUUGCAGUUAUCGCAGUCAACCCGAGAUCUGGUGUUCCAGACAGGCUGUGACACUUGGUUAGUUGCUGGUCAGCUGCGUAGAAACCCACGCAGUCCACACUUAGUGACAGUGACAAUUGAGAAUGGAGAAAUCCGCAGCAGUAGUCGCUGGAUAUUUUUUUUAGGCAAAAGUGGCUCCGAUUAGUUAAUCGUAAAACUGUUUCUCUCUCAUUGCAAGCGAGAAGAUCUACCAUGUCUACAAAAGAGAGACAAAAAGGAAAGGUGACUAAAGACAGCGUUACCUUGCUGCCUUGCUUCUAUUUCGUUGAGUUUCCUAUCCUUGCUUCCUCUGUGGUCAGCCUGUACUUCCUGGAGUUGACAGACGUGUUCAAGCCAGUGCGCUCUGGCUACAACUGCAAUGAUCGGAGCCUGAGCCUGCCCUACAUUGAGCCUACGCACGAGGUCGUCCCCUUAUUGAUGCUACUCAGCCUGGCCUUUGCUGGGCCUGCAGCCAUGCAGAUAAUGAUCAGCGAAGCCGUUCUGUUCUGCUGCCUGUCGAGGAGAAAGAACGGCCUUGGAAGAGAGGUGAACAUCAAUGCAGCGGGAUGCAACUUCAACUCGUACAUUCGCCGAGCUGUCAGGUUUGUUGGGGUCCACGUGUUUGGGCUUUGUGCCACAGCUCUCAUAACAAACAUCAUCCAGUUGUCAACUGGUUACCAUGCACCGUACUUCCUUACAGUCUGCAAGCCCAACUACACCACGCUCAACACUUCCUGUGAUGAAAACACCUUCAUCAUGGAUGACAUCUGCUCUGGAGCUGACCCAGCCAUCAUAAACAGUGGCAGAAAAUCGUUUCCGUCCCAGCAUGCAACACUGGCUGCGUUUGCUGCUGUCUACAUUUCUAUGUACUUCAAUGCUACACUAACUGACUCCUCGAAGCUUCUGAAACCACUUCUGGUCUUCUCCUUCAUCAUAUGUGCCAUUAUCUGUGGACUGACGCGUAUCAUCCAGUACAAGAACCACGCUAUCGAUGUGUAUCUUGGCUUCCUAAUUGGUGGAGGCAUAGCUGUGUAUUUAGGCCUGUAUGCCGUGGGCAAUUUUCAACCUGGCGAGGAUGCAGCAGGCCAACAGGCACAGCUGCGAGACCCUCUCAGAUCCCUGACAGACCUCAGCCAUGAUGCCAGCAGACACAUGCAGCUUAAGAAUGGUAGCAGCAGCGACGGCAUCUCCUCCCACUCAGAGAGCAUCCUCAGCCGCAACCACCGUGAGGCCAGCUCCCUCACCAGCCUGAAGAGAGCCAGUGCUGACGUGGAGGUCAUCACCCCCAGGAGCCCCAUGGGCAAGGAGAACAUGGUUACAUUCAGCAACACUCUCCCCAGGGUCCACACCCCAAUUCUGGACGAGGUUACCCGCCGCAAUGCCACCAUCCAUGCCUCCAUGGACUCUACUCGCUCCAAGCAGCUGCUGUCGCAGUGGAAGAGCAAAAACGAGAGCCGCAAGUUGUCCCUCCAGAUGAUGGAAACAGAGGACACCCCCUCCCCACCGAGGACAAUGGAAAUGAGGUCUAGCUCCGAGCCCUCCAGGGUGGGUGUCAACGGGGAGCACCAGGGCCCUGCCAGCCAGUACCUGAAGUUGGCCACCAGCAGCACCCCGUUACCCAGCACCAGCAGUGGUAUCGCAGGGGGCACCAGAGUUUCCAUUCCGUCCCGCCCUGGCUCUUCUCAGCUGGUCCACAUACCGGAGGAGACACAGGAGACCAUCAACAACUCUCCUAAGGGCAGCUCCACUCGCUCAAAAUGGCUGAAGGUGGCAGAGAAGAGCGGGGCCUGCAGAACUAACAGUCAGCCACGCAUCAUGCAGGUCAUUGCCAUGUCCAAGCAGCAGGGCAUGCUUCAGACUAGCCCAAACAGCUCGGAUGGCAGCACAGUCAGCUGCAUGGGCGCCAUACGGUACAGAAGCUUGACGGAGCCAGAGGUCACCGGCAUCGUGAGGGUGGAAGCCCACCCCGAGAACAACCGGCCAGUGGUGCCACCCCCCUCCACCGAUGGCAGUGGAUCGUGGAAGUGGAAGUUGCAGGAGAAGGGCAGCCUCCGCCAAUCGUGCGAGCUCAACGAUCUCAACAGAGACUCUGAAAGUUCAGAGUCUGUGAAGGACGGGAAUGGCUCCGCUCCAAAUGCCAGCGGCGAGCACCACCACCACCAUGGCAUCACCACAAUCCGCGUGACGCCGGUGGAGGGGAGUGAGGCUGCCUCUGAAGCCAUGUCGGUGACCUCCAGCCGGGACUCCACCCUUCGGAGGAAAGGGAACAUCAUCCUCAUCCCGGAGCGGGGCAACAGCCCAGAUAGCACCCGGAGCAUCUUCUACAAGGGGACAUCACCAACUCCAACUUUAAAGGAAUGAGCCAUCCUUCAGCCUGUGGCCUUGUUUACAAGAGAACAGCAAAAUGAAAAGAUUAUAGUUCACGUUGGUAUUUCCACAUCCACCCAGAGGUCCACUGUAUCGUACAAGCUAAUGCCUUUCCAGUGACUGUUUUCAGAUGAAUAUUGCUUUACAUAUAUGAGAGGUUGCAUUGUGCAUGACUUUAUUUUUUGAAUCACAAGGAGGCACAAAUUUCAGAAUUGUAAAGCUGUUCACUGUGUAUUUGCUAAAUUUGUUUUUUCACUUUUGUAAUAUGAUACCAAUAUGAUCACCCUGCAAAUAUACUUAAUAGCAAAUAAUGUGUGUAUAAAAUGAAUUUAAUGGCAUUUUCAUGUAUUUGCCUCUCUCAAAGUUUGAUGCUGUCUCUGUAUGUCUCCAUUACUGUAAGGCCUCCAUUUUGUGCAAGUUUCACUUAUCAUGCCCAUUUGUUUGUUUGCUUGUUUUGUUUCAGAAAGUUUAAUUCCUUGACAUUUAUGAUAACAGAAGCCUAUAUUUUUUGCAAUUAAUGUUUAUUUAAUCAGUGCUGUACAGCCAUGUCAUUCAAAUUUGUUUCUAAAUAUGUGCAUCUAUAAAAUAACAUAUUUAAAUGGAAACAAUAGUGUUUAAAAGCUGUUGUUUUUAGAGCUUUACCAAAUGCUGAACAUGCAUAUUUUAGCAGUUUCUAGAAGGGUGGAUUUUUGUUAGGCUCUUGAAUUGUCUUGUAAACUGGAGAACACAGGAAAACAGUCUUGUGUCAUGAGAAAGUAUAGUGUUGAUGAUUGACCUUAAGUGCUUAUUUUAGUAUACUAAUAAUUUCAAUGAAAAAACAAUUUUAUCAAUGCAAAGCAGCUCUUCACCUGCUCCUGCACAUUUAAAAUUAAUUAAAUUAAAAUGUAUUCAUUUUAUUUCUAUAAACCAUAAGCAGCUUGGAAUUUGAAUGAACACUGCAAAGCCAAAAUGCAAUGCAAUGUUUUGUAGACACCUAUUUCUCAUUGUGCUUUUCCCUAGUAAAUUCUCUUCAACUAUUUUUGUCAUGAAAAAAGACAAA